GAGGGAAGCGUCUCUGUCGACAGCAUCUCAAAGUUUACCUCCACGAGCCCUUAUAUUACCAUCGCCAGCGUAGCCGUAGCAUCAAAAUAGUGUCUUCUACUUAUCUACGUUCUCUAUCUGGUGCUAAGCUACAGAAAGCAGCUAAUAUUGAAUUGAGGAAAAAUGGCCCAUGGUGGCUAUGGCAAGCGCAGGGUCGCCGAACGGAAGCCUCACGUGGGGCGGCGAUCCAAGGGAAUGGGCGUAGAGAAGAAGCCAAAGCCCAAGUCCGUGUCUCUUAAGAACCAGAUUCGUUCCACAGAGCGCAUGCUUCGCAAGGAACUUCCUCCUGAAGUCAGAGAGGCUCAAGAGAAAAAGUUAGAAGGACUUAAGAAGCAACAGGAGAUUCAUACACGUCUGGCUUUGGAACGCAAAAUAUUCUUGCGAGAUAGGAAAAUAAAGUUUUUUGAAAGAAGAAAAGUAGAAAGAAGAAUAAGGCGUCUGGAGAAACUGCAACGUGCUUCAUCUGGUCAGGCACAGGAUGCAGAGAUUGCUGAGCAACUUUCUAAGUUGAAAGAGGACCUUGAAUAUGUUAGGUUUUUUCCCAAGACUGAGAAAUAUGUAUCUUUAUUUACUGGAGGUGAUGAUUCAGACAUAGUUGAUAGGAGAAAUGGAUUGCGCAAGCAGAUUAAAGCCAACUUAGUUGCUGCUGCAGCUAGUGGGAAGGAUUUAGAAGAGACGGGAAGUGAGGAUGAUGGUCUUUUGGAUUUGAGUGAAGAUGAUUUCUUCUUAACUGGAACCUCAAGUGAUGAAGCAGAUGCAGAUGAUGAGUGGACUGAUAAAAGUACAAGGGAACAAGCUUCCAGCACUUCUGGCAAAGCAGCAUCCGGUAUGUCCAGUGAUGAAAGGAACCAGAAACAGAUGUCUGCUAGAGCACUAAUGCCUCCUCCUCGGCCUUCAAACAACUCUUUAUCAAAUUUUUCACAUGCCCAUUCAAGGUUUGGAGCUUCAUCAAGCAAAAAUUCAUGGAUGCAGAGGUCUGAAAUUUCUACAUCCAGCAAUACAUCAAGUAGCAGAAGUGGGUCUUCGUUUAAAGCAGGGGGAUCUUCAAAUACAAGAACGGGGAAUGGUAGUAAUCUAAGUUCAAAUUCUGAUGCACAGAAACCCCGAAGGAAGAGGAGGCCAAAGAAGAAAAAACAACAGGCAUAAACUGGAUGAACUCAACAUUCAUGUAACUUCACUAUGACCAAUUGAAGUAUAUUAUAUGACAAGACAGUUACGGAAAAAAAUGUUUGUGCUUCUGUUUAACCGUCAAUAUUUUUCAUUUUUUUUUUGUGGGUAGGUACUCAGAAGUCUGUACUUAAUGGUUCUUUGGAAUGAUCAUCUCUAUGCAUUACGAGAUGGUAGGUUUAUUUGAGGAUUCUUUUCAACAUUUAAUUUUUAUAGAAUCAAUCUUUAUUAGAA